AUGGCAUCGGCUACAAAAGAGAAACUAAUUAAAAAGAAAGAGAAGGAAGAGCAACUUCAAAGCAAAUCCUUGGGGAACUUCCACAAUUUGGAAUUGUUGUGUAAGGCAGAUGAUAGAUAAAAAAAAACAUUAGAGAAGAUAAUUAAAUAGAAACCAGAUUUAGCAAGAAGUUUAAACAUCUAUGCUGAUGGAGUGAAAUAUUACAUAGCAAGAUAGUAGUAGAGGGAUAAAUUAUUGGCAGGAAAAGACAUACCCUUGAUGGAAGUUUCAGAGGAAGAACUCUCAUAACCAACCCUCCCUCUCAUAACAACCAACAGACAAAUGAUCAGACAAAACAAAUUUGAUAUCCUAUCACCCAGACUGUUAUCUGAAAGUUAGGAAAACCAAAACAAAAGAUAUAUUAAUCCCAACAAUUAUACUCCUUUUGCCAACAGAUCAAAGUUAACAAUUCCUGCAUUAAAUCCUACUUUGAAUUACAACAGAGAUAGAAAUUUACCAAAAUUAAAGUUCAAUUACUAUGUCGGAUCAGGCAAUAAUGGAGAACUUGUAAAACGAAUUUUAUAAAAGAGAGAAUAAUAUUGGACAGCAGUACCGCAAUCAUUUUAAUACAAACAUUUCAUUUGGCAACAAUCCUAUUUUGGUAUGGAUUUUAAUCGUUUAACACCAUCAGAGAGUAAUUAUGUAAGAGUAAUGUAUAAUUUCUUUGAAUUUCAUAAGAAUAUCACAUCGAAGACUGGGUUAUCGUAAUCUCUGCUUUAAUAUUACAACAAUAUUGAAAGAACCUUCGAUAUAAUACCUCUAGUUUUUAUUUUUAACUUUAAAACCCAGGAUUGGGUGAGAGAUGUUCAAUAAUUUACUGAAUUCUAUCAAACAAACAAUCCAUUAGGAUAAACAAACAUGAAAACCUCUUUAGAAUUUGAUUUUUAUCUAUCAAAUCUUGCAGGUACAAAAGUCAAUUACAAUGGAAUUAAAACUUAUAAAUUGUAGGAAACUUUGAUGAGUAAAUCAUAGUAUUUAUGGCUCUUGAAACCAGCAGAUUGGAAUCGAGGAGAAGGUGUUCAUGUAUUUAGCACUUUAGAAGAAGUUGAAGCCUUAAUUAAAUCUUACUACUAUGGUAAAGGAAAUUAUGAGUGUAAGGAGUUUGUGAUUCAAAAAUAUAUUGAAAGGCCAUUGUUGUUGAGUGGAAGAAAGUUUGAUAUAAGAUGUUGGGUUCUCAUCUCUUAGGACAUGCAGUACUUUUUAUUUAAGGAGGCUUACAUUAGAACCAGUGGAACUACAUUUUCAUUAGACAAUAAAGACAGAUACAUUCAUUUGACUAAUAAUGCAGUUUAGAAGAAUGCCUAAAAUUAUGGAUAAUUUGAAGAUGGCAAUUAAUUGUCAUUAAAGAGAUUUCAACAGUUAUUAGAUAGUCAACAAGAGACAGUAUAUAAUUUUAGAAAGGAAGGUUGGCCAGUAAUUAAGGAUGUUGUGAAGAUAACUAUGAAUUCCACCAGACUGAAUAAGAGAAAUAGAAAAUACGGGAUGUAAUUGUUGGGUUAUGAUUUCAUGAUCGAUGAAAAUCUAAAGCUAUGGCUGAUAGAAGUCAAUGCAAAUCCAUGUUUGGAAGAGAGUUCCAAUCUACUAAAAAUGUUGAUACCUCGGAUGUUGGAUGAUGCCUUCUAGCUGACUUUGGAUAAGGUGUUCACUCCGGAAGUGAUUCAUGGAUAAUUGUCGCCAAAAUAUAAGGUGGAUGAGUAUGAGGAUUAGGAGAAUAUGUGGGAACCUUUGGGGUUUUGCAAUUGA